AUGCCCAAGUUUGUACCCCGUCAGAGGAAGCACAAGGUGCUUGCCCGACAAAAGGCCAAAGAAACUGCCCAGCAUGAAGUGCGCGACACAAACCAGGAGGUUCUUCCAGCAACACAGGCUGAGCGGCAAGAAAAGAAGGCUCGGAUGAAAGAGGAAUUGCGACAAGAUGGAGUUAAAGUUAGUGGCAAAAAGGCGAAGCGACUCGAGAAAUACAUCGAAAAUAAAUUGCGAAAAGACGAAAACCGAGAACUUCUCGCCAAACUGGCCGCACGCCGCAUCGACACAUCGUUGUUUUCUAGCAGUCGCUCUCUGGGACAAGGGAAAGAAACAAAGAAGCAAGCUUUGUCGCGAGCCUUGAGGGAGUCAAGAGUUGGCCUAGAUGGUGACGACGAGAUUCUGUUGGAGAAGAGACAAGAGCCAAUUGAACUCGAGGAUGACGAAAGCGACGUUGACGAGAGCAAUGUGGCAAGGUCUGCCAAGUUAGCAAUUGAGCCCACAAUAAAAAAGUCGAUUACACCUUCAGAAGUUCCCAGACAACUCGUACGGAUCCCUGACACAGAAGUCAUUGGAUCCGGCUUGAAGCGACCGUUGGAACAAGACGAUGAAGGGAAGCCAGUCAUCAAGAAGAAACAGAAACGGGGAGGAGUUAGAACAAAAGCAUCUACGGGAACUAUCGAGGUCAUACAACCGAAUGAGCUGGAAUAUGAGGAAUGGGGUGGCUUUGACAGCGAUGAUGAGACCUCGGAAAAGAAUGUAACCCAACCGGGUGAGGACAGUAAAUCCGAAGUCGAUGACGAUACAGGCUCUGAGGAAGAGACCAGUGACGAUAGUGAGGGGCACGAAGAGUCUGAGGGAAGCGAAAAAGACGAUGACGCUGAACAGCCUGCGCAACGAUCUUCUGCCUUCAAAGCUUGGGCUCUUCAACAGCGAAAUGAGGCCUUGGGUUAUCAACCAACUGAUGUCACUAUCGGCCCGUCAGAGGUACCAAAACCCGAAAAUUUUGUUCCCAGAGCACCAGAACAGGACCCUCUUCCCAUGGAGCUCCAGCCUACUGCGAAUGAUUCAAGAAAAGCUUUUAGCGUAACUGUGACAAGAUCACCAGAAAUACAAGAAGCUCGCAUGAAGCUGCCAGUGGUAUCGGAAGAACAGCGAUUAAUGGAGGCUAUUCACAAUAAUGACAUUGUCGUUAUUUGCGGAGCGACUGGUUCAGGAAAAACUACACAAGUCCCUCAGUUUCUUUACGAAGCAGGCUAUGGUUCUCCUGAUUCACCAACCCCAGGAAUGGUGGCUGUCACACAACCAAGACGAGUUGCUGCGGUAUCUAUGUCUCGAAGAGUGGCAGAGGAGCUGGGUGACCAUUCUGGAUCUGUGGCAUAUCAGAUUCGAUUUGAGGGCACAGUGUCUGAUAAAACCGCCAUUAAGUUCUUAACUGAUGGCGUCCUGCUCAGAGAAAUUGCUCAAGACAUCACCUUGCGGAAAUACUCUGCCAUUAUUAUUGACGAAGCUCAUGAAAGAAGCGUCAAUACUGACAUCUUGAUUGGUAUGCUGAGUCGUGUAAUCAAGCUACGCACUGAGCUGUCAGAGGAGGACCCCACAGUCAAGCCUCUGAAGCUCAUUAUCAUGUCUGCCACUCUCAGAAUAGAGGACCUGACAAUGAACUCAAUGCUGUUUCCUACGCCACCGCCUGUCCUUGAGGUUGAAGGGCGACAACACCCAGUUACCAUUCACUUUGCACGGAAGACGCACCAUGACUAUGUCGAGGAGGCAUUCAGAAAAAUUACGCGGGGUCAUCGAAAGCUCCCUCCCGGCGGGUUCCUAGUAUUUCUUACAGGGCGUAAUGAAAUCUUGCAAUUGAGUAAGAGGUUGAAAGCGGCCUUUGGAGGCAUGACUUCAGCAGAGGGACCUAAAGUGAAGAUCUCAGCAAGCGAGGCCCCUAUGGAGGUUGAAGAUAUCGAGUUCGGUGAUAUUGAUGAUUAUGGGGAUGAAAUGGGAGGCUUGCCAUCGGACGAUGAGGACGAGGAGGAGUUCCAGAUCGAAGAGGACCAAGAAGCAGCACCACUCAAAAUGCAGAUUUUGCCGCUGUACUCGUUAUUACCAACGCGAGAACAGCUCCGGGUGUUCGAGUCUGCGCCGGACGGCACGCGUCAGGUUAUCCUAGCUACCAACGUUGCAGAAACCAGUUUGACCAUCCCGGGAACGAGAUUCGUCUUCGACUGUGGCCGGUCCAAGGAGCGACAAUAUGAUCGCCAAAGUGGAGUGCAGAGCUACGAAAUCGGCUGGAUCAGUAAAGCUAGUGCAAAUCAACGGUCUGGCCGUGCUGGUCGAACAGGGCCUGGCCAUUGCUACCGGCUAUACUCCUCGGCUGUAUAUGAGCGAGACUUUCAGCAGUUUGCAGAUCCCGAGCUUCUUCGUAUGCCAAUCGAGGGCAUUGUGCUACAGCUCAAGUCCAUGAAUCUUCAAAAUGUCGUCAACUUUCCUUUCCCAACUCCUCCAGAAAGACAGAGUCUCGCCAAGGCCGAGAAGCUCCUUACAUACUUGUCCGCCCUUUCACCGUCAGGCGACAUCACACAAAUCGGCAAGACAAUGUCUGUCUUCCCACUUGCACCGCGAUUUGCAAAGAUCCUUCUAGUCGGCCAUUUACACGACUGCCUUCCUUACACGAUUGCGUUGGUUGCUGGUCUCUCUGCUGCUGAAGUUUUCCUCCCGGAGGCUCAGGCAAUCCCUGCACUGACGGCCAAGAAUGACGUCGAGAUCCGCACAACUGCCGACAUCAUUGCUGAAGACCGGCAGGCAAAUGUGCGUCGGGUGUUCAACGAGGUGCACAAAAACUUUUGCUACCUGGAUGAUAAAUCAGACGCAAUCAAGCUGUUGCAGGUAGUUGGCGAGUUUGCGCAUGAGCCUACUGAAGAAUGGUGCGAGAAGCAUUUUGUUCGGUUCAAGGUUCUCAAGGAGAUCCAGCAGCUGAGAAGACAAAUCACGGAGCUUCUGCGGAACAACAUACCCUCAUUCGCAAAUCUCAAGUUCCAAGAUAAACUGGACCCGCCGACUUCGAAACAAGUCAGUGCCCUGAAGCAGAUGGCGGCCGCGGGCUUCGUUGACCAAGUUGCAAUCCGAGCCGACCUGGCCCCUGCACCCCCUGAACAAUAUCGAAAACCCAAACGAGCAAUCGAUGUGCCUUAUAUCCCUCUUGUGCCCCUUCACGCCGUUCAGGGGCCCGAACACGACAGCUUGGUAUAUAUCCAUCCUACGUCACCCCUUGCACAUUGUAGCACCCAAGAGUGUCCCGAAUACAUUGUCUACUCCUACCUGCAACGAACUACACAAUCCGGCCUGGAUGCGUCGAAGAAGCCCAAGACGCGUAUGCACGCCCUCACAGACGUUACGGGUGGGCAAUUAUCAGGACUGGCCAAGGGAACACCGUUGCUUAGCUAUGGCAAGCCCAUCAAGGAGGUGAAGCCGCCGGCUGCGUCGGGAGAGGGAUCUAUGACUAGAGAGUGCUGGGUCAUCCCCUAUCUGAGAGCGGAGAAUACAGGAGGACAGGGUUGGCCGUUGCCUGCGAAGAAGGUGAAGCAGAAGAAGGUCCCUGGGAAGGGAUGGAUUGUAGAGUAG